AAACACAUUGUUGGUAGUUUUCUGACCCAGAUACACUAGACCUGCAUGAAUCAAAAUAAACUAGCUAGCUACUUGUUAAUUUUUAUAACAUACACUACAUGACCAAAAGUAUGUAGACACCUGCUCGACAAACAUCUCAUUCCAAAAUCACAGGCAUUAAUAUGCUGCUAUAAUAGCCUCCCCUCUUCUGGGAAGGUUUUCCACUAGAUGUUGGAACAAUGCUGCAGGGACUUGCUUCCAUUCAGUCAUAAGAGCAUUACUGAGAUUGGGCACAGAUGUCGGGCGAUUAGGCCUGGCUCGCAGUCUGCGUUCAAAUUCAUCCCAAAGGUGUUCGAUGGGGUUGAGGUCAGGGCUCUGUGCUGGCCAGUCAGUUCUUCCACAAUGAUCACGAACCAAACCAAACCAUUUCUGUGUGGACCUUGCUUUGUACACGGGGGCAUUGCCAUGCCGCAACAGGAAAGUGCUUUCCCCAAACUGUUGGUUGAACAGAAUCAUCUAGAAUGUAAUUGUAUGCUGUAGCGUUAAUAUUUCCCUUCACUGGAACUAAGAGGCCUAGCACGAACCAUGAAAAACAACCCCAGACCAUUAUUCCUCCUCCUCCACUAAACUUAACAGUUGGCACGAUGCAGUCGGGCAGGUAGGGUUCUCCUGGCAUCCACCGAACCCAGAUUUGUCUGUUGGACUGCCAGAUGUUGAAGCUCCAGAGAACACGUUUCCACUGCUCCGUUGUCCAAUGGUGGCGAGCUUUACACCACUCCAGCACAGAAUCUCCUGUCGGGGACACCCUGAUGUACUAUCAGAAGACGCAAGAUGACUCUUUUUCCACGUCCUCAGAUUCGCCGUCAGAGAGCAGUGCACAGGAGCUCUGCCCAGACAUGGAUAUACCAGCCACUUCAUUUGUUCCAACAGUGACUGCAAUUUCCACUACCCCAGAUUUGCAGUGGAUGGUCCAGCCGACUAUUAUAACAUCUGUCUCCCCAUCUCUGGGUAGCAAGCAAGCCAAUGAAGUGCAGAGCUCUCACCAGGCAACACCCAAAGUGGGCGGGAGCAGGGGAAAAAACACUGGCAGAAAGGGGAAAAUCGAACAGCUCUCUCCAGAGGAAGAAGAGAAGAAGAGGGUGAGGAGAGAGAGGAAUAAAAUGGCUGCAGCCAAGUGUCGCAACAGACGGAGGGAACUCACUGAUACACUGCAAGCUGAGACUGAUCAGCUGGAGGAAGACAAAACAGCUCUGCAGAUUGUGAUAGCCAAUCUCCUCAAAGAGAAAGAGAGGCUCGAAAUUGUCCUCGCUACUCAUAACCCUGUGUGCCAAAUUGCAGAAGACCUGGACUCCAUCUUCUUGGAGCCCAGUGGGUCUCCCGAGCUGCCCCCCAGCCCAGAGGGGAGUAAGCUCCAUGAGGACAGUGCCCAGGAAGCUGCCUCGCUCCAGGACAUGGACAUUCCCAGUGACCCAUCCACAGCCAUCUCUGGGAACUCCAACAUCCUACUCUGUGCCAGUGCUGAAGUAAACAUCUGCGACCUUGAGCCCUCUUUGGACAUGAAGGAGGGGCUCCUGGACAAUCUGUUGCCCAGCAUGGAGGAGAAAGUCCCUACAGAGACUGCCCGCUCUGUACCAGACAUUGACCUGAGUGGUUCCCUUGGGGUUACGGACUGGGAAACUCUGUACAAAUCUGUGUCUAACGACCUAGAGCCUCUGAGCACUCCUGUUGUGACCUCGACCCCCACCUGUAGCAGCUACUUGACCAUUUUCACAUUCUCCUGUCCCGAGCUCGACUCCUUUGGAGAGGGGUUUGACGGUCGCAAAAGUGGAGUGGGCAAGGCUGAAUCUGUUGAUAUCCUCAAGUCUCCAACCCUGUUGGCCUUAUAAUGUAAGCAGAGGGAGUUGAUUGGUGGAUCACUGCCGUUGGUAUCCCCAGUUGUAAUAAGAUAUCAGAGACUUGCUGUGGUGUCAGCACAUCAGUUUGAGGAUUACAUCAAUGAAAUGUGUUACUUGACUAAGCAAGUAUAAACUUCUUCCAGAUACAAUUGAUGUAGCUAAAAGCACGGCUAUACAUUUUACAGAUGGGGAUAAAGUAUGUUCUGGUUUUAACGCAUGCCGAGGAAUUCCAAAUAAUGUUCAUAUAUGUAUGAUCUGGUAAACUGUAUUGUGGAAUUGACUGUAUGGUUUUGUGCUUCAAUGGGAAUAGUAUAUCAAUAGCAAUGAAUGUUGUGUUAAUAAUAGUAAACAUCCAUGUUCAGUACUCACAUAGAUACCUCAAUGUCAUCCACUGUGAUUUGACUUCAUUGUUACAAUGUUUAGGGUUUUCCAUGAAAACAUCCAGUGCUAUAUAUAUCAAGAUGUAAUUUAUGAUGAUUUAUUUUUUUACCUCAGAUUUGGACUUGUUUGUCAAAUAAAAAAAGUUAAUGAGCAUUGAUUGCUUAUUGAUAAAUAUUCACAUUAAAUAUUCAU